AUGUCGUACGCAGCCUGUACUAAGUGCCUGCGACGAGAAAAGCCCUGUACGUACAGCAUUGAUUCCAGCGCCAUCGAGCGACAAACAAAACGCAAACCCCUUGUCCCAAAGGUGCGAACAAUCCGCAGUCACAUUCCCUUUGCGGCCUCGUCUCCAAAUAUAGGAGCUUACCCGCUUGCGACUCCGUCGACCUUGUCCAGAUCAGAGCAUGUCGAGGAAAGCCAACAGCCAGAGCUUGAUCGGGAUCAAAACCGUGCGUACUACAGCACCCAUGGACAGUUUGCUGGCGAAGUCGCAGCCGCAAUAGAUGUGAGAGCAGGACUCGUCCCGGCCGCUACUUCGAACCUUGUUCCAUUCGUGGAUGCGCCGUUGUUCGGGGUGUUAGACCUGCACUCUCCGUAUAUCGAUCCCUUGGAGCCGGUCUUGAGUAGAGAACGCUUCUUACACGAUUAUGAGGCAACGUACUCUCGACCUGAUGCACCGCUCCACGCGGACCGUGAUAUCUGGCUCAGCAUACUCAACGUUGUCUUUGCCCUAGCAGUGCAGAGACAGGAAUUCAUUCCUCCACAGCAACGUGACAAAGAAGGGAAUCGCUUUUUCCAGCGCGCCUGGGCUCUUCUCCGGCCCGAGACAAUCCUAUGGAAGCCUGGAACGCUCGAGCUGGUCCAGUGUUUGAUGCUUAUGAAUCGAUACCUCCACUGCACCAGCAACCAACUGAAGACAUGGAUGACAGCGGGGUUGGCAAUCCGGAUUGCGCAGAGUAUGUGUUGCCAUCUGCCCGAGGGGUCUUCAGCCAAGCAUUCUUGCAAUGACAGGAUGUUGAAACAAAAGAUGCGUUUCGUGGUCACUCGGCCGGGCAUCGGCGCCGUCCUUGAUCCCCUUACCGAACAGGCUAAGGCCAUGUCUACACGGGGAAGCUACCUACAGGGCGGUAAUCAUGCUGAGCAUCUUUCACGAGAGCUUCAUGAAAUUGGCAACCAGAUUCAGUUGGCACAGACACAGACUCGCAAUGCUCUCGCUGCCAGGUUGGGACUGCCUCGUCUAUAUCAACAGGACGACUACCACGCUGUGGCGGUGCAGCUAGACGCCUGCCUCAACAAAUGGGAGAAUGGUCUUCCCAGCGACUGGAAAUUGCAGAAUAUCAACAAGGUUGUCCACAGGAUAUCUCUCCUUCACUCUCGAAACGUUCUGUACAGACCUAUGAUCGCACGCCUCUACUCCAUGAAACCCCACCAGGCAACAACCCAGCCACAACCCAAUCCUCCAAGCCUAAGCGAUCGUCUCCUCAGAGAAUGCGCCGCAAUGUGCCUGGAAGCCGCGCAGAAGCUCACCUCGCUGAUCAUCGAGACCCUGGAGCCAAACGAACCAAUGGGUCUCCUGCCCUGGUGGUAUCGAAUCUACUAUCUACAUAUCGCAGGGACCAACUUUCUAGCGGACCUGUUCACCACGUCGGUGUCGCAAUCCUGGAAAGAGGUCCUGUCAGCCCUCCGCGCGCAUGAGCAUUUGAGCAUGUAUGUUCAACAGUGCAUCCGGACAUUUGAGAUGCUCUCGACAAGGAUCUUGGAGACGCAAUAUACCACCCCGGAUCGAACUGGGGGGAUGCCGCUUGAGGAGGCGACAUCUGGGUCGCUGUUCGAUAACAUAUUUCAGGAUUUAGGGUUUGAUUGCGAUGGUUUUCUCUUUGGAAUGGAGCAUUUUACUGAGGGCAUACGACCUAGUUCGAGCUGA